GCGGAGCUGUGAUGUAGGCCGUCAGCUGUUCUUGUUUUGCUUCUUUUCCUCUUCUCCGAAUCUGGAUCUCUGAAGCGUGAAGGAACUCAACUCACUCCGAAUCCGAGCUCACUUCCAGGGAGGCCGCAGGUUCCGGUUCGGACGGUUCGGAGCUUUUCUCCGCGGUGGAUCCGUCUUCCGCCGACAUCGAGCGACGAGGUGCUGCCGAUCCCAGGCCUCCAGUCCAGGGCGGAGGGAGGGAAGGAGGCCGCCGGGAUCCGGGAUGGAGAGCACCGAAGCUGGAGGGUCUGGACCCGACCGAACCGAGCUCCGGUUCGGCUGCGCCUCCUUCAACCAAGACUCCACGUCUCUGGCUUUGGGAACCAGAACCGGCUAUAAGCUGUUUUCUCUGACCAUGGUGGAGAAACUGGACUGCAUCCAUGAGAGUGCAGAGACUCCAGAUGUCUACAUCGUGGAGCGUCUGUUCUCCAGCAGUCUGGUUGUCGUGGUGAGCAGCGCCAUGCCAGAGCGCAUGAACAUCUACCACUUCAAGAAGGGCACGGAGAUCUGCAAUUACAGCUACCCCGACAACAUCCUGGCCAUCAAGCUCAACCGACAGAGACUAGUGGUGUGCCUUGAAGACUCCAUCUACAUCCACAACAUCAAAGACAUGAAGCUGCUGAAGACUCUACUCAACACUCCAUCCAACCCCUCAGGUCUCUGUGCUCUUUCCAUCACUCAUUCCAGCUCCUACCUGGCGUAUCCGGGCAGCUCCAGCACCGGGGAGGUGGUCGUGUACGAUACCAUCAGUCUGAACACUGUCACUGUGAUUCCUGCUCAUGAUAGUCCUCUAGCAGCCCUCACCUUCAACGCCUCGGCCACCAGACUCGCCAGCGCCUCAGAGAGGGGCACUGUCAUCCGAGUCUUCUCUGUUCCUGAAGGACUACGUCUGUUUGAAUUCCGCCGCGGCAUGAAGAGGUACGUCAGCAUCAGCUCUCUGUGCUUCAGUCCUGAUGGUCUUUAUCUGGUCUCCUCCAGCAACACAGAGACCAUCCACAUCUUUAAACUGGAACCGCUGGGACCAAGUGCUGAGGAUGAAGCUGCCUCCUGGACGGCCUACGUGGGGAAGAUGUUCUCAGCAGCCUCCACCUAUCUACCUGCCCAGGUGUCUGGGAUGAUGAGUCAGGACCGGGCCUUCGCCACCGUUCACCUGCUGUCAGCUGCUCAGAGGAACGUCUGCACUCUGGCUGUGAUCCAGAAGCUUCCCCGGCUGCUGGUGGCUACAGCUGAAGGCCAGCUGUUCAUCUACAACGUGGAUCCUCUUCAGGGAGGCGAGUGCAUGCUGGCCUUCAAACACAGGCUAUUUGGAGCUGAUGAUGAGCAGAACGAAGGAGAACCUGAAGGGUUGGAGGUCCCAGCUCAGUCCGGUCCAUCCUAUGCUGAAACUGCUGCUUUACCUCCGUCUGCUCCGGUUACUGCAACCCUCACCGGUUACUCUGAAGAUGGUGGAGCUAAGAAGGGAGAAGUCAUUCCAGAACACGAGUUUGCUGCUGGACCUGUUUGUCUGGAUGAUGAGAACGAGUUUCCUCCUGUGAGCAUCCAGAGGAGCUAAAUGUCAGAUUAAUUGGAGUCGGAAUGGGACCAGAGGCAGCCAGGUGAGGCGCUCCUGAGCAAGUAGAAGAACCGAAGGACAUACAACAUUUCAGGGUGCCAAGAUCCUUUACAGUAGAGACGACCAAUAACUUCCGUUAGCAUUAAGCUAGAGAACAGCAGUAUAUUCCAGAAGACCUGCACAGGUACGCUGGGAUUCUGCCACAGUAGGAGCUUCCUCUCAGCUUUUCCCUGAGUUUCAAAAUAUCUGCUGGAAAGAAAUUCAGACAAUUCUGCUGCUCGUAAAGAACCAGCGAGUUUCAGGAGUGUUUUCUGAUCGUAUUCAUUGCAUGCUGGAGCAGAAAUAUAACCACAGUUACAUCAGUACUUGACUAAUAUUUUAUUAAGUUGCAUCAUUGUAACAACAUUUUUUAUUUCUCAUUAAUAAUAUUUUACAUUCUGAAUUGCGAUUUACUGCAUUGACAUGUAUUCAAUGUUUCGGUGUGGCCUCCUGGAGAUGUUCCAGGAUGGAGAUGUACUGUACGUCUGUAUGUGCCUGUAGCAUUUGUAAAGAAAAAAAAUAGCAAAAGUAUUUUGCUAAAUGCACAAGACCAAAAUAAGAAAGAAAUAAACUCAUAGACUGGAGUAUAAAUGAA